AUGGCCCCCACCGUAUAUCUAGUGUCUGGCGCGAACCGCGGGAUCGGAUUCGGUCUCGUGAAAGCCCUGUCCGCUCGCGAAAACACCGUCGUGUUCGCAGGAGCGCGCAACCCGGACGACGCCAAAGAUCUCCAGAAGCUAGCAGCCGAGCGACCGGGAAAGCUGUACAUCGUCAAGCUGGUGUCGAGCGAUCUCAGGGGUAACGAAGAGGCCAUCUCCUUCGUAAAAGAAAAGGCCGGCCGUUUGGAUGUCGUCAUCGCCAACGCUGGGAUUAGCCUUGCGCCCGGCCCUGCAUACCAGGCUUCGGAAGAAGACUUGCGGAAACAUUUCGAGGUAAACGUCGUGGGCACCUUCGUGUUGUUCAAAGCUGCCUUGCCGCUCCUCCAAGCGAGCAAAUCCUCGGGAUCCGCGCCUCCAAAAUUCGUUGCCGUGUCUUCGCAACUCGGCGGUUUGAAUUUCGGAGCGAGUCUGCCGGUCCUGACUACGCCGUACGGAAUAUCGAAGGCCGCCGAGAACUAUUUGGGUCGAAAGUUGAACUUUGAGCAUGAGAAGGAUGGACUAGUUGUGUUCCCCAUAUGUCCUGGUCUGGUGUACACCGAUAUGACCAAGGCUAGCAUAGAGAAGGGUGAAACCGCACCCGGGGUGGAGUUCAAGACCGCGGAUGACACUGCCGCCUUUCUUCUGAAGGUUAUAGACAACGCCACGAGGGAGAACGAGGGCGGUCAAUUCCUGAACUAUGACGGCGCAAAGAAUCCGUGGUAG